AUGUUCAACGUUCGCUUUUCAAAUGCCAUCACAUCAGUUUUGUUGGACACCAAUGAGCAGACUUGGGAGACAGUACAAGAAAAACCUGAGUCUGAGCUAGCCAUACAUUUAAAACAUCGAGUCCUGUUCCUGGAUUCAUCUCAGCAGAAGCAUAAGAAGAUACCUGGUCAGGUUCUUGAUCUGGAAGAUCUUGAAGAACUGCACUUGGAAAAGAACCAAAUUGAAAUGAUCCCUAAGGAAAUCUACAAUUUUCAUAAUAUAAAAGUCCUUUACUUGAAUAACAAUUACAUUACUCAGAUUUGUGAUGAGCUGGGAGAGCUAAAAAAGCUAGAAAGCUUAGACCUUAGUGAUAACCCACUUGGCUGGAGAUCUCUGGAAAUCAUAAGUAGACUGCAUCAGCUUCGCGAGUUAAGACUGUAUAAUAUAAACCUCAAUGAAUUUCCAGUUCUGAUCUGCAAAAGACUCCAUCAUUUGCACCUACUGGGGCUCUCCAACAACAGACUUAAAUCUCUUCCAUCAGAGGUAGUUAAUUUAACACAACUUAAAGAAAUAUAUUUACGGAAUAAUAAAUUUGAUUUGUUUCCGAAACAAAUCUGUCUACUCCAACACCUAGAAAUUAUUGACCUUGAGGAAAAUAGACUGACAUCUAUACCUGAAGAAAUUAGCUCUUUAUCUAAUCUUAUUAAGCUGUUUAUCAGUGCAAAUAAUUUGUCCUUCAUUCCAAAGGCUCUCCAUUGCUGCACAAAGUUGGCAGUUCUGGAUGCUUCUGGCAAUCACCUUCAAAAGCUUCCUCAUUCACUUAAAGAAUUAGGAGACCUAAACGAACUUGGACUGUCAAAUAAUGGCUUGAAAAUCUUACCAUCUACAAUAACCAAGUUACAUUCUGUCUGUGUCCUCUAUCUGAAAAAUACAGGAUUGUCAAUGUUAAAUGCUAAUUUUACGAUGCUGGAAUUUCUCAAGAUACUAGACCUUAGUCAAAACUUUUUUACUGAAUUCCCUACUGUAAUCUGUGCUCUCAAGCAACUUCAAGUGCUUUCACUAGAUGACAACUUAAUGAGCUCGAUUUCACCACAAAUAAAAUCACUACAAAACCUGAAGCACUUGGGAAUAACCGGAAACAGGUUUCCUGCUUUCCCAGAGGAGAUCUUCUCCCUGGAAUCUUUGGAAAAACUGUACAUUGGACAGGAUCAUGGCACUUCACUUACGAACUUACCAGACAACAUAUGGAUGCUCACGAAUCUCAGAGAGUUGUACAUUGAAAACAACAGUUUGGAAUGUCUUCCAUCCACACUGAACCAGCUGCAGAACCUCAAAGUUCUGGAUUGUCACAGUAACCAUCUAAAUCAUCUACCAGAUUCAGUCUGCAAAAUCCAUGGGUUGCAAAAAUUGGUUCUUUACAACAACUCGCUGUCUACUCUACCAGACAAUCUAGACAUGGUACACACACUUGACCUGCUUUUACUGGAUGGGAAUCCUAUGACUGACCCACCAGUGGAGGUAUGCAACCAGGGAAAAGCUGCCGUGUGGGAAUACCUUAAAGAAAAGAGGCGCAAAAUGCAGAUGGCAACAAAGGUAACAACUUCACAUGACAUUUUGCUGUUUAUACAAUACUGA